GCCCAACAGUUAAAGCGGUUUAAAGAUAAGAGGAACGCUGGCUGGUUUCACUGACACCACCGCGACAUGAUGAGGCAACAGACACUUUUGACGCACAGAGAUUUCUGCAGCAUUUUUUUGUGUUUGAUUCUUUGCUGAUCUGGAAAAAACAAUCAAACAAAAACAAACAAACACACAACAUGCCCCACGCUCGAAAUAGGAACCCCAGCCCCAUCCCGGAGGUAACAUGGGACACGGGACUGAAGGAGAUGAACGAGACGUGGAAAGGAGCUAUCGCCUGUCUCGGGGUGGCCGUCUUCUUCGUAAUGACAAUCGGGAUCAUAUACUGGCAAGUGGUGGACCAGCCCAACAAGAACUGGAUCCUCAGGGGGACUUUUAGCGGACUGAUCUGGGAGAGGAGAACCCACUCGCUGGUCAUACAGACCCUGGCGGAGGACAAGACCUUUGUGGAGAUAGAUGUGGGGAACGUGGGGAACCCCGACGCCGAGGUUCCCUUCGUGAGGAACCUGUGCUGGCUGAACAAGACGGAGUUCUGCUAUACGUGGGACGCGGUGGCCGAGGUGAAGAUCUCGCUGGACGUGAAUGAAGAGACGGAGACUGAGUGCUACAGCAUGACUUGGGCGCCGGUGCACUGUCAUGUGGAGCUGAAGGACUGCUUCUCCAUGACCAAUGUAUCCUGGUACGGGGGAGCCAGUGUCCGGGGUCAGACGUGGCCCAUCAAUGAUCAGAACGCCACCAUGCAGCCCUUCGUCGUCAGCGACCUGAAGGACAAUCCCUCCGGCUUCGGCUCUGCCCUGGAACGCUACUUCCUGGGUUCAUCAGGUGUGGCAGUCCUUGUGUCCCCUGACAUCCCCCUGCAGCUCGGGGUGGACAGCAGGCAGCAGUUCUGCCUGCAGUCGCUGCCCAGUAUGGAGCGUCUCCCACUCCAGUACACCGUGUGUGUGGCCCGCGAUGUGAAGGCUGCUCACCAGGAAGCCGUGCAACAGCUCUCCCGGCCCGGCAGGGAGCUGCCCAACAUGAAAGCGCUGUGGCUGCCGUUCUGGAAGCUGCUCACCAACGUGGACUCGGGCCCGAAGGUGGAGAGGGAGCUGAGGAUCUUCUCCAAUCGUCUGAGGAGACACCAGCUGGGGGAGGGAGUCAUCAGCCUCAAUGAACAUUCCACCGCCCUCCUCUCUGAUAUGGACCAUGACUACCUCAGCGUCAGGAAAAGGGGGAUGUCCAAGAGACUGACCAGAGACCUCCCGCUUGUCAAGCUUCUUAACAUUUCCAUCACCCUGUCCCCUUUCCUGGGCGUGGACACCACGCAGUUCCACACCUCCCUCGUGGACGGCACACAGGCCCACUGGCUCAGCCUCCCCUCAGCCCAUCAGGGGAAACUGGUCCCUGUGAUGAGUCAGUGGCGAGGAAAGUUCUGCGUGAAGCUGAACAUUACCAACCCAGGAGCGGUGAGCUGGUUCCUGGACAGAGUGGGCUCCCUGCAGGCCCUUCUGGGGAUGGAGUACGUCGUGCUGGAGGGGGGUGAGGGGAACGUGUUUGAGGAGCGGACCCUGCGGGCGCCACAGGAUCUGGGUGGAGACAAGUACGUCAGCCUGCUUGCUGACUUGGCCACGAGGAUGGGGGACUCCACCAUCAUGACGGCAGGGACACGGUCGAGCCACAAGCCGCUGUUUGUGAGGAUGACCCCCCUGCAGUCCGACUGGAGCCUGAUGGGCCUGAAGGGCAUCAUUCCCUCCCUGCUGCACCACACUCUGCUGGGAUACAACUUCCUCAUUCCUGAUGCAGUAGGUGGCUCUCUGUCUGGAGACCUGGUCACAGAUGAGGAGUUGUUCAUCCGUUGGUUGGAAAUCUCAGCCUUCCUCCCUGUAGUCAGCUUCCACACGCCACCCUGGAUCUGCGGGGAGGACCGGGUGCUCAACCUCACCCGGUUCUACAUAGCGAAGCACCAGCGGGAUGUGGUCCCGCUGAUAAAAGAGUGCGCAGAGGAGUGGCGGAGGACGGGAAACCCCAUCUACCGGCCGAUGUGGUGGCUCAGUCCCAGUGACCCGGCGACCUUCACCAUCGAUGACCAGUUCCUCAUCGGAGACAAGGUCCUGGUGGCGCCGGUGGUGGAGCAGGGGGCGGUGCAGCGGGACAUUUAUCUACCUGACGGGGGCUUCCAGUGGCAGGACAGCCGGAGCGCUCAGGUGUUUGACGGGGGGACGUUUCUACGGAACUACCCUGUGCCCCUGGAGGAGGUGGCCGUCUUCUUACGGAGAAGCUGAACGGGGUGAAGGAUCUGCCCUGACCUCUCCUGACUUAUCCUGUUACUGUUUUGAAUCAAAUUCUUCUUCUUCUUCUCUUUUUUUAAUACUUGUGCUAUUCGCACUUUUCCACUAAAGACCAUUGACCCUCUCUCAAGAAUUGAGAUGAUUUGUAGAAAGGUUUUUUUUUAUACUUGCACUUUACAGUUCAAAAUGAUUUGUAUGGUUUUUGUUUUUCCUUCGUGAUGAUUUUUUUCUUCCUUUUUUUAAAAUGUUAAUUGGUUUUUACCUCUCGGCUGAUUUGUUUCUGGACUUUUUUUUGGGGGGGGGGUGUAUGUAGCUUCGCAGAAAUCUGUGCGUUUACAUACUGAUUUUCUACAGUCUUUAAAGUUUCUAGCUGCUGCUGGCUCUCUUGAUCAGGAGGAACAAAGCAAGCGUCCUUGUUUGCUUCAAAGGAAUCUGAAUCUCUCAAGAAGACCAAAUGAAGAUGGAGUCGGACAGGGGGAGACGUUUGAACUGGGAUUUUUUCGAGGGGGAAACGCUCACUGGGAUGAUGCUCGCUCACAGGAGCCGGUGCCCAGUGGUACCGGACGUCUCGCUCACCUGUUGGAAAAGGCCUCUACUUGAACUUGUCAGGCCAAAGGACUGAUGUUUCUAUGAAUGUACCUCAAGCUAUGGUUUUUCAUCAGACACGAUUACCUUUUCGCCCCUUAGCACUUAUUCUUAUACUAGCUUGACUUAAUGAAGAAUCAACAUACCACUCUGUUAGGACACCCCUGGAGGUCCUUUAGUACUGUAGGCCACAUGAACGUGAGGCCAUGCUACUGUCAAUGUGUCUCUGACGAUAUUUGGAAUUUACAUUAGAUGGACAUUUCUUACUAACCUGCUGUCGUCGGGGCUUUUAAAACAAGCUGCUUGUUUUUAAAUAACUGUCUGAUGUUGUGUUGAAAUGCUCUUUGCUUAGCGCCAGACAAAGUGCUAAAGAAAGCCUUGUUGACAACACUGCGGAUGUGGAAAGGAUAUUUAGGACGAAUAGUGUUGACACUUUAUGGACUUAUUUGCUUUCAUGCAGAGGGUUAGGUGACCCUCAGCAUAGAGACAGGACACAGCCGCUCUGGUCCCAAUCUCACAACCAACGGGUUUAUUUAAUCCUUUGGUUUUACGCUAAGCUAGGCUAACUGUGUCCUGUCUGUAGGUUUCCUUUUUAAACAAGAGCAUUAUAUCAAACUUCUCAUCUAACUCUCAACAAAAAAUGUAAUAUGUGUUUUUACUAAAAUGUCCAACAGUUCCUCUAAUAGGACAGAAGUCGGGCUCUUUAGACCCCAGAAUACAUUUGCGCAAUGUUCUCUGAAGUAUAUAGAAGCCAUCUAUGAUUUACCAGAAAUUGUUGAAAGCAUCACCUGAUGUUUAAAGUCACUGAGGUGCAUUCGACUUCAGUAUGUUGUAAAAGUAAUUACAUCAUUGCCCUCAUGUGAACCUACAUGUAUUUUACUCUUUGGACUGAUCUCAUAAUCACAUUCACUUCCAUGGAAGUAAAUGAGAUCUAAAUCAUCUGAUUAACUUAAGACUAUAUUGAACUAGUAGGACACUCAGCAAUGUGCAGUUAUCAACAGUCCCCUUAUGAAACCACUAGAUCUUCACCAGUUACCACACACGCAUUAAUAUCAGUCCCCGGAAUCAAGAUCCAUGAGAAAUCAAACAUCCUUUGCACUCCGACACAACGCUGUGUGUCCAGUCAGUGAUCAGACAGGGCUUCUCCUGAUUGGUUUUGUUCUUCACGACACAAUCUUAACCAACAGCGAUGAUCCCGGCUGCAGACUCAUCAUCAUCACUUAGCGAACGCUUUAGCACUAAACUCACCGUGUGACUUAUACCGAGUUUACUGUAUCGACACUCAGGUCUAACCGAAGCUUAUCAAAUCACCAAAUGUCUUAGUGCAACGCAGUAAGUUGUGAACACGCCAGCGUCUUAAUCUCCUGGAGCUGAAUGUACAAUGGACAAACUGUGACCCCCCCCCCCCCCCCCCCCCUUGCUGGCUCCCUUCUCGUGUGAGGAACUGUUCUAUCUCCCUGUUCUGAUGCUUUUCAUGGAAUGCUGUGGUGUGUUCACGUUGAAGUUGCAGGAAAGAAAAUGCUUUUGUUGUGUUGUUAUUCCUUCCCUCCGCAGACUGAGUGAACACGGCCGCCCCCCCCCCCCCCCCCCCCCACACACACACACACAAAACCCAUCCCCAUGUGCCUUAACACCGCCACUCUUACGUCUGGACAAUGCAAGUGUCUGGACUAUUGCAGGAUCAGCAAUGUACAUAUUUACGAUGACUGUGCCAUUACAAGUGUUUCUUCUUCUCUCUUCUGUAAAUCAGAGAACUUAGAAUGACAACGUUGGAAUAAAGUUUACAUUUUCUUACUUCA